AAUUGACCCUCUCAUCAAUGCCUGCGAGAAAUCCGAUAAGAGAUCUACAUUUUUGAGAUGUUUAAAAAUCACACACGAACACACGUAAAAGCGCUACCACGUUUUGAUGUACUUUAAUACGUUAUCGGGUGAAAUAUGCGCCAGAUAUGAAUGCAUUUGUUGAAACUUAAAAGUCAGGCGAAUCGAACACUCCCUUUAGUUUUUGGGGUUCUCGGGAUUUCACCUGGACGAAUUACUUCGCCGAGGAAGUGAAAUCUUUUUGAAUCAACGCACCCAAGUGGAACAAAUACCAUUUUUCCUUUCCCCUUGAAAUUCGUAUGCAGCAGCAAUGACUGUUGUAAUCGGGUUUGAGGGCAGCGCCAAUAAGAUUGGCAUUGGGAUCAUCAGGGAUGGAGAAGUACUUUCCAACCCGAGACGGACCUACAUUACCCCUCCUGGUGAAGGCUUCCAGCCAAGUGACACAGCCAGACAUCAUCGCUCUGUUAUACUGACAGUCUUAAAGGAGGCCCUGGAGCAAGCGGGGCUAAAACCUUCCGACAUCGACUGCGUGGCAUAUACGAAAGGUCCAGGCAUGGGCGCACCCUUGGUAACGGCGGCUCUGGUGGCUCGCACCGUGGCUCAGUUGUGGGGAAAGCCCCUCGUCGGCGUCAACCACUGCAUCGGGCACAUCGAGAUGGGCCGACUCGUCACCGAAGCCGACAACCCCACCGUGCUUUACGUCAGCGGAGGGAACACGCAGGUCAUCGCUUACUCCGAGCGACGCUACAGAAUAUUCGGGGAGACUAUCGACAUCGCCGUCGGCAACUGUUUGGACAGAUUCGCUCGAGUUAUCAAGAUUUCAAACGAUCCCAGUCCAGGCUACAACAUAGAACAGAUGGCGAAGAAAGGCACUCGGUAUGCGGAGCUGCCCUAUACCGUAAAAGGAAUGGAUGUGUCAUUUUCUGGGAUACUUUCCUUCAUUGAGGAAGCUGCUCAUAAGAUGCUUGGAUCCGGUCAGUGUACAGCAGAGGACUUGUGCUUCUCCCUGCAGGAGACGGUGUUCUCAAUGCUGGUGGAAAUCACAGAGCGGGCCAUGGCUCACUGCGGCUCCCGAGAAGUCCUCAUAGUCGGCGGUGUUGGCUGUAACCUGCGUCUCCAGGAGAUGAUGGGACUCAUGUGCUCGGAAAGAGGAGCCAAACUUUUUGCCACAGAUGAAAGAUUCUGUAUCGACAACGGCGCCAUGAUCGCGCAAGCCGGCUGGGAAAUGUUUCGAUCCGGGCAAGUGACCGAGCUCGAGGACUCGUGGAUCACGCAGAGGUACAGAACGGAUGAAGUGGAGGUGACGUGGAGAGACUGACGGGGCAAACGGCACGUAAAGGGAAAGUCUCGAGCGUCCCGUGAAAUUAAGCACCCACACGGCAACUCUUCUCUCAGGUAGCUUCUGAUAUAUUGCGCAUCCGACAAGUCGGAUCACGGGAAGCGCAGCCUGUCCUCGAGCGUGUCGAGGAGGAAGCGGUUGUUUUUUUCCUGGAACGGACCGCUCGUUACCUCCUGCGCACUAGAUGCCUGUCAAGAAAAUGUGUUUAAAUUCAGUAAGACACGAGACUUUAAAUGUACUGCGCUUCAUUUGUCUGUUGUUUUGGAAAACUGUUGCUAAAAUAUUGAAUUGAUUCCAGUCGCAAAUUAAUUUCCAAUAAAUAACAGCAGCGAGUCAA